UCGGGGACCGGGUCGGGCCUGUGCAUCCCGCGCGCCGGCCCGGCGGAAGUGGGGGGCACCGGCGCUGCAGCGGGCCCGGACCAUGCAGACCCCGCUGGCCAGGCCCGUGCCCGUGCUGCGGCUCCCCCGGGGCCCCGACGGCUUCAGCCGCGGCUUUGCCCCCGACGCCCGCCGAGCGGCCCGUGCAUCCAUCGUGGCCCAAGACUCGGGCCCUGCCGGGGCCGCCGAGGAAUCCCAGAAGGAGCCCCCGGAGGCCCAGGAGCAGCGGGUCCGGGCCGCCCUGCGCGAGCGCUACCUGCGCAGCCUGCUGGCCAUGGCGGGGCGCCCCGUGAGCUUCACGAUGCACGAGGGGGUGCAGGUGACCGCGCACUUCGGAGCCUCCGACCUGGACGUGGCCAACUUCUACGUGUCGCAGCUGCACACGCCCAUCGGGGUGCAGGCCGAGGCUCUGCUCCGGUGCAGCGACAUCAUCGCCUACACCUUCAAGCCUUGAAGACCCCCGUCCCCUGGGGAUCCCCGGUGAACCCCCUUCCUGGGCACCCCAGACCUGCAAGGUGGCUGACGGACUCCCCCUGUGUGCACCCCCGGGAAUGCAGAACUACCUCCAGAUUUCCAGCCACAGGGUCCAAACUGCUCUGGCUUUUGGGGGUCCCCCCCAUCAGUCGGUUAACUUCUACAAUCCCAGCUGUUCUUGCUCUGCCUCGAGGAACCACAUACAUCUGACUACAAGAACCACAGCCGUUUCUGGA